UAUCUGUCGAUAACUCGUAAACAAUCAGCCGUCUUCUCAUUCGAACAUCGGUCCAUCCAAGAUGCAGCUCCCAUCAUUCGCUGCCGCCAGCACCUUGGUGCUCUUCGCCCUCGUCAAAACUUCUCUUGCUUGCGACGGCUACAUCCACUGCCACUGCUACAACAGCGAUGGCAAACCCAACGACGCGGCAACGCAGACGGUCUGCAACCGCUACGCCGCCGGAAACACGCAGAUGAUCGACGCAAACCAAUGGUCUGACGGAGCCAAAGAGUGUAAAUACAUCGGAAAGGACGGCGAACGACGCGGAAAGUACUGGCAUCCCUUUGGCUUGGGCAACUGCGACUGGCGUGUCAUGUGCGGUGAGGCCGGAGCCACUGGCUCAGACUCCAGCUGCAGAGACACGCCUCCUGUGGGCCCCAAGAGUUAUGGUGCCGGCGUCAUUAUCGUUGGUCACAACUGAUUCCUUGGACGGGCUUGAUUUGGGUAAUCAUUCAUUCGAUAUUGGAGGGGAAAAAAGGGGGAGGGGGGACAAGGGCUAUUCAGCCGUGUAAUUGGGACUUCUGAGGUGGUUCAUACUUCACGAGUCGUGAGUGAGGCUAGCAGGGGAAAAUU